AUGGCGGCGGCGGCGGCGGCGGCUGCGGCGGAACAGCUGAUGGUGCUCGACGAGGAGACUCUGGCGCUGAUGGGGGGCCACGUCGCAGUGGCUCCGAGCACCGAGUUGGAGGCGUCCAAGGAGAACGUGCGGCCGCUCAAGCGGGGGCGCGACGUGGUCCUCCUCAACCGCGCGCUAAAGGCGCGCGCCGACCCAGCCCAGCGCGCUGCGCUCCUCUCCGAACGGAGGAGGAUGAUCGAGGCCAUCGAAGAGUACCGCGGCGAGGAUCCACUCCAACCUUGGCUGGACUGCAUCAGGUGGGUUCAGGAGUCGUUCCCGGCCGGUGGGGAGUGCUCGGGGCUGGUGGUGAUGUACGAGCAGUGCGUGCGGGCCUUCUGGCACGACGAGCGCUACAAGAACGACCUCCGCUACCUCAAAGUGUGGCUGGAAUACGCUGGGAAUUGCGCUGACGCCGAGGUGAUAUUCAGGUUCCUGGAGGCCAACAAGAUUGGGCAAGGUCAUGCCAUUUCCUACAUGUCCUAUGCGUCGCUGAUGGAGUCGAAGAACAAGCUGAGGAAAGCUAACGAGAUAUUUAACCUUGGUAUAGAAAGAAAAGCUAAGCCUGUGGAGAAGUUGGAAGCAGUGUAUAGGACAUUUCUUCGAAGAUCAACAAAAAAGAGGGAACACUUCGAGGAUGAUACAGUAAAUGAUAAUCAGCCAGUGCGCAGCUUUGGGAAUGACUUGAACCUUGGAGGCCGGAAUGCAGAGAACUCCCAGCUGGGGAAACCAAGGGCACUGCAAAGAAUCGACGUUAACAGACCAAUUUCGGUUUACAAAGAUGAGAACUCGUUGCCAAAUCAGGGCCUUGACAGAAUAAGAAGCAACAAAGAAAAUAACAUGAGCUGGCGCACCCUUGGAGCACAAGCAGAUAGGAACAAAGAAAAUAACAUGGUGCCUUCUAAAUGGACGUCGCAUAAGGUUCCACAAAAGUUAGGAGCGAGAGCAGCAGUUCAGUCAACUCAAGCCAAUUCCAUUGAAGUCUUCGUAGACGAUGAAUAUGCACAGGAACCAGCUCGGCAAGUGCCAAAGAGUCCAAAUCCUUCUGUUCUGAAGCUCAGGCAAGCAGCAAGCAAACACCUUAAGAAGGAAACUGAACUGCUUAAGGAGAAUCCGCUGCGCAACUUCCCUUUGAGCAGCCUUAGAUAAAUCAGCGUUAUUUGCUGAUUCUGUGCAACAUUUGCACUUCUUGAUUUUGUUGUUUGAUUGUUGCGCGGAUGUGCCUUUAUGCCCAAAUAAGCUUUAGCCUCUAAAGCUUAGAAAAGUAAUUUGAGUGUUGUAAUCUUCUCCUCUAAGUUGAAUUGGAUAGACCUGCAGAUCUCGAGUGCCUAUGCAAAUCUAAUUGAUCGUACAAAUGUUA